GCUCGUCCCAAGUGGCCCCGCAACCUCGGCUGUUACCUUGUUCUCGAUCGGAUUCACAACUGAACUAUUCAACACAUAACCACAAUCACUAUCAACAUCAGCAAAGAUGACAAAGGAAGAUCCCAUCGUCAAGGCGUUGCAGCAAUACACAACCUGCGAUGUCUCGGACGCCCUCAUCAAGCUCAAGUAUCGCAAUGGCGGGUUUCUCUCCGGUCUGACCAUGUGGUCCCCCCACCGUCAAGAAGGCGCAACCAAGAUCGUUGGUCCCGCCUACACAGUCCAAUAUGUUCCUUUGGAUGACCCAAGGCCGAAACACCCUACUCACUAUAUCGACAACGUCCCCAAAGGCUCCGUAGUCUUCGUCUCCGCCCCCGCCAAGACCCCCAACGCCGUCUACGGCGGCCUCAUGUCCACGCGCGCCCGCAGCCUGGGAGCCGUCGGCUCCGUCAUCGACGGCCGCUUCCGGGACCUGCAAGAGCAACGAGACCUGCAUUAUCCCAUUUUCGCUCGGGACGUGGGCACCGCGCCGCCUGCCGAGCUGGUGAAGGUGGUCGCUGUGAACGUGCCCGUCAAGCUCCAGACGGACGAGCAGGAGGAUAUGAUGAUCCACCCGGGGGAUUAUCUCGUUGGGGAUAUCAAUGGCGUGGUGGUGCUUCCUAAAGAGAUGGCGGAGCAGGCGCUGCCGUUGAUGAAGAAGCAGGUGGAGGCGGAUGCAAAGAUGCAGGUUGCUAUUGGGGGGGGGAUGAGUUUUGCGGAGGCUAGUAGGAAGUUUAGGGGGUGAGAUUGUCUUGGGUGGUUUGGGCUGGUUUGGGCUGGUUUGGAUGAUAGCGAUUAGUGAUGAAUAAUGAAAGUUUUUGAGUUUU